UUAUUCUGGCGGCAGGAAGGGCUCUGUGGGCAUGAGGGCGUGAAGCUGUCAAACCCCUCCUUGGACAGGCCCAGUCAUGUGUGUCACUGGCCCCCGAACGUGUCAGAGCCCCUACUUUGCAAACACUGGUGGUGUGGGGAGUCCCACUGAGUCAAACAGACUGGUCUGAACCAUGGCUAUUGGGACUUGCAGUUUUCCACAUCCUCUGCUUCCUGAUCACUUGCUUUUCAUUCCAGCGCUACCACCUGCAGAUAGGGCAUUUUCUCUGCAUGGGUGAGAUCUGACAAUACCCAUCUGAGACCAUCACAAAGCCUUCCUGCAAAAUCAGGGAAGACCAGUCUUUUGGCAUUCCUGGUAUUUCUCAGUGGCCUUGGUGUAUUGUGCUGAAUAUAUCAAUGAACUGGCUGCUAUGAAUUGGAGAUUAUUUUCUAAAUACCAAUAUUUCGAUUCAAGAGGGAUGUUUAUUUCCCUAGUAUUUUCAGCUCCAUUGCUGUUGAACGCUAUAAUAAUAGUGAUUACCUGGGUUUAUAAAACAGUGAAUGUAAUGACUGAACUGAAGACACUACAGCAAAAAAGAAGAGCAGAAAAAGAAAAGAAAAACUCAGACAUGAUGAUCAAGAUGGGUUCUGAAAAAUAUUUGGCAGUCAUGGUGGAUAAUCAGCCGAACAUGAGUGCCCACUGCAACACUGGCCAAAAGGACUUUUGCAAUCCUGGAGAAUCUCAAGUGCUGGUCUUGCAAGCUGAUUAGUGGGGACAGUUCUCUGCACCUUUGUGGAGCUGAACCAAAAUCAGUGAAGCUCGUGCAGGCCCAAGAGUCCACCCACACAGAUUGCCUUAUAAGGGCUGGGCCCUUCAGCAUCAGGGACAUGUCCAAGACAACAAUGUUGGAGCAUAAUAAAUAACAGACUGCAAUACUUAACAGAAUAACGCACAUGCCAAUACACAAUCUUUAAUAAGUAAAAAUGACAGUUUUAGCAUUGAGGAAGUUGGAUAUCACCAUAAUGCUACAAUAGUUUGCAUACUUUUAAAUGGAUAGAAGCUGGAUGUUUUCUUUGUUAAAAAUCAGUUAAUACAAAAGCACCGUGGCUUCUUUUUCCCCAAAGUGUGGAUAUGUGCACAUUCAAAGAGAAUAGGUGCCAAAUCAAUAAAGUAGGUAUUUUUUAAAAAUUGGAGUCUUAGCUUUGUUCAGCUCCGGGAAACUCUCAAAAUACACUUUAGAAUGCUAAGUAUAAUUGAAGCAGCACAUGGUUUUAAGCCUUCUCUGUUAAAAGGUCGCUUAAAGAUAAAUAGCAAUAAAUUUAAGAAAAAUAA